AGCUGUUAGAGUGCAAACCUUGCUGAGCUGUUUCCUUCAAUCUUCCCAAGAAAUUCAGAGAGCUACAGUGUUUUUCUGAAGUUGUGUGGGAGUUGGUUUUGCUCCUAUGACAUUUAGCACUACUGUUCUGUGGAAAGAGAACAAACAACAUAUGUAAAACAUCCUGGCUGAAGAUAAUGAUGAUUUAUGGUAUUUUGAUUUGGUCUUACCAAAUAUAGUAUGAGAGAAUGUGUGCCUACGCAUAAAUGUUUGGGCAUACUUGCUAAUUAUUUAUUGUAAAAAUUAAGGUAAUUUCUCAAGUUUUCAUUCAGAACCCUAGACAUGCAAGUGUAACACUGAAAGAACAGAAUCAUGCAUGGUGCCAAUUACAAAAUAUGCAGAAAUGUGUUUACUAAAAUUUUAUGCGAGCCGUGAGUAAGAUGAUAUUUAUUACUUUGUCAUGGAGUUCCUAGGCCAGGAGGUACUAAAUCAUAAUGUUUAUUGCUGAUAGGUAAAACAGACUGAAGUGAGAGGGAGUGCAGCUUGGUAAUCUUGUUGAUAACUGACGGUCAUACAGACUGUACUAAGUGCUGGGCAAAGCAUGGCUGAAAUUUUUGAGUGUUUUGUUCCAGCCAAAAUAAAGGAAACUGAUUUAUAGUAUUUUAAUAUGUCAUAUCUCACACCAGUCUGCUUUCAUAAAAAGCAAGAGGCAAUUAUGUAGAAAAAAAAUGCUUUGUCUUUGUGUAGUUUAUUUGACUUAAUUUUCAGCAAUUGGAAAAUGGGGAACUGCAUAGCUAUGUCAUCUCAAAGUGUUGCUGCUGUAACCUUCUACUCUUGUAGUCAACAAACACAGAAAGGGCAAGCAGGAACUGUGAAGAUGUAAAGAAAACAUAAAUACUAGGUUGGCAUUGCUCUGUUUCAUCUGGAGACAGGUACAGGGGCAUGUACUGCUAAAUGUCAUAGGAGCACAUAGGUGCUAAUCUUGAAUGCUUUACUGAGAUCUGUUAGGUCACCACUUUUAAUGUAUUUAGGUGGUGAGUUCUGUUUUGCAGGUUUCUUCAUAAUGUCAUGUGUUCUACUUGUCCGAAUGGAAUGGAAAGCAUUUAAAGAGCAUUCUUUCUAUUUAUUUUUAAUCUGUGUAAUUUCACACACUCAAGUAUGGAAAUUGCAGCAUGUUGUAGAGUUACCAGCUGUAACUGGUACCUGUAACCAGGCCCAGGUACUAGAAGCAGCCUAGCUGCAGAGAGCUAAUAGGUUAAUUUACCAUUCUAAUCACAAGGUAAUAAUGCCCUGAAAAAUCAGUGCCCCAUCUGUAGUGUAUGCAAUGGCUACAUAUUAAAUUCCAUCUGUCAAUUAAUAUUAUGCUUGUAGCCUUUUAAUUAAAAGAGAACUCAGAAGUAUAACAAUACUUGAGUAAGACUUCUCUGCGUGGCCGAAAGGUGACAGUGCAAGAAAUGCUAGUUUCUUGUUGUUCUCCUCUCUGAGGCUGACCAUAAUUUUGUCUGGAUGCUAAAAGGCAUUUCAGAAUGGUCAGUAGCUUCUGCACAUGUAACUGGGUAGGAGAAAUGGCCUACUGUUCUUAGAACAGAGAGAGAUUAAACUGUGAUGUGUGUUAGCAGUCACAUGUUGAAUUUUUUGUUGUUACUACUCAUGGUAUUCCUUAUCAAUCUGGGGACCCUUUUAUGACAGACAGAGAGAAUAAACAGUGGUAGUGUCACCAGCUCCCAUGGUGGUGUUUUCAGCCUUGUGCUGUUUGACAUUUUCAUUGCAAUGCCAGAGUCUCAGGAUUUCUUGUUCACCUAAGAGUUUUCACUUCUCUUUUCACUGAUGCAGAGAAAAUCAAAGGAAUGUGAAUCCCAAAAAUUUAGAAAUCAAAAGAUGAAGUUCAAACUUAUUUUUGAAGCCAGCCUUGAGGUAUUUCUGGUAUUUGACUUGCAAUCUUUCUGGACUGCUGUAAAACACUUUUAGAGUAGUUUAAAUUUUAUACUGCCUCCAUUCUAGCAGCUUCUGUUACUGUGUAUUUUUUUAAAUGAAAAAAUAGCCAGAAUUUACAUUUCAAAUGUGGGUGUCAGAAAGUUAAACACCAAAAGAAAAGCUCAAUGGCUCAGCAGGUAUAAAUCAUCAUACUGAUUCUGUUGCAUUUUUGUAUUCAGGUACAGAAAUUCAGCAACCCACACUGGAAAACUGUUAAGUAUGCCCUUGUUAAUAAGUCUGCUGCUCCAUUUGAGGCAGGAGCAAGAGAACCUUUCGGUAUACAAAAUUUUAUAUUUCUGAUAGAACAGUGCUAACAUAGAAUGCGGAGGGUUUUAUUGGGUGCAGUGUCAUUGAUUACUGGUAGUCUUUGAAACGGGCACUAGGAAUACAGAUGUGAAAGAAAGUAAGUCCUGCUAUGCUAUUUUUUUAUGUUCUGUUCCCUGCCAUUGUGUGUGCUGGUAACUUCAAGCAGGUAGAUGCAAAUGCAGAGCAGGCACCAGGCUCUGCUAGUACUGAAACGCCUCUUUAUUUGGGACUAAUGCCAGGACUAGGCGGUGGCUGUAACACUGGGAAGAGAACUGUAACAACUUUUGCACAGUACUUCCCUUGCUAGAAGUUGAGCAACAAGGUCUGUGUAGACACAGCCUAUCUAAGUACACACAUUGCUCGAUGACCUUUUCAACCCAGCAGGUUCAGACUGCAGAACUUUGGGCGAUGGUGGCCAAGAUCAUGGUUAAUCAGUAUUGAGCUGGCUGUAGAUGGAAUUGUCAAAUGCUACGCCUGUCAUUCUCUUGAAACAAUGAUUUCAUUAGCUGCCAGGAAGCUAUUUGGCAGGUCCCCUCUUGUGGAUUCUCUCAGAAAAGUUGGCUGGAGAGUGACCCCUCACCUGGGAAGCAUUUGAGGCUCAGCUUGCUAGGAGACUGAGAGAUUGCCGUGUUUAACCAGGUAGACCAAGUGCCAAGAAUUAAUUAGUUUCAUUCUAUGCUAUGCAGCAGAAACACAAGAAGAGGCUCUGAUCUUGAGAUUGACUAUGCAGGUGGAAUCUUGCACUAUGGCAAAGUUUUCCAUAAUUAAAGACCUUUAAGUCACAGGUCAGGGCUCCCUUGUGAAUAGAACCAAAACUCGCACGUACCAAUCUCAGAAGCUUCUUUAGAAACAAACAGUUUAAAACAUUUAAAAUAAAAGAAGUCAUCUGCUUUGUUGUUGAGUCUUGUUGGAUUUUCCUUAAGGUGGAAGGGGGGGAUUGUUUUGAUUAUUUUAUUUUGCAUUUGACAGUGCAUGAAUGAAACUACACCUGAUGCAUAUGUAACAUAAAUGCAAGAAGGAUGAUAAUGCUGGAAACUGUUUUAUUAUUUUAUAAGCUACUUGUUUUUGCUGCUAUUGCUUUUCUUGGCACAUUCCUCGUGGAGACUUUAGCUGCUGGUUUGAGAAUUCUUUGUAGAAGUACCACUCUUGCCUGCUGGGCAAACUGCUUCUGCUGCAAAUAUAAAAUCAUGAAUUCUUGGCAUAAUUCUAAACUAGUAAUAGUGGAUUGAUCUUGGGAAGACAAGUUCUUCCGGGGUUUCAGAUUUCAUGUUGAGCUAAAAAUGCAUAGAUGACUUUUAUGAUCCUGUGCUUUGUCAAGGAAGACAUGCUGGUCAGCUUCCAUGUUUUACUUUGUUCCAAAACAACAUCAUUCUUUCAAUAUAAAGUUAUGACAUUGUAGUUUGUUAGAAUGUUCUGGAACCUUACUCUCAAUAUUAUUUUGUUUCUGUUAGUUCUGGUUUUGAGAAGGGUGAAGUCUUUUAAGGGCUAAAUUUAUUUAAAUACAUUAGUCCUGAUGGUUACAGAGAUCUCCUUAUGGAACACUUGUGGUCAGCAGCUUCUGGUUAAGUGGAAGGAAGUUAUGGAGUAAGUUGAUCACAAGCAGGUCUUUCCUGUUCUAAGUCCAUUCUUUUUCAUCAUCAGUGUUCCCUGAAGAGUAUUUUAGCAGAUCGUUGUCCCUCGAGGCCCCUUACUCAAGGUCUGUGCCCUUCAAGACUGUUGUGAGCACCAACCCCAUCCCUGGCUUUCCUUCAAAGGAAUAGGAGCUUUGUGGCUGGAUGGGGGGACCCAGUCAUAAUCUCUCCCUCUAUGUUCUCCUACUUGGAGAAUCUUGUGGUGCCAUAUGGGCAGUGAGAACACUCAUCAUCUUUCCUCAGAUGAUUUACCAACUCCAAACAAGUUGUGUUUUCCUCUCAAUAUUCUCAGCCAUCUCUGACAUGACGCACAUAGCCUUACACAGCUUGCUUCACCUUAUUUGUCCUCUUUCCUGAAAAUCUGUAUUUGUCUACACCAGAAUUUCAGUUAUUGUUAAUAUUGGAAUAAUAUUUGGGGGAUUUUAUUAUAUUUCCAGUGGCCCAUGCUCUUCCUUGAUGCUUUGUAGGUCCCUGAUUUAAGGUUUAAAUGUUUUAGUUGUCUCUUACUAUUGAUGCACAGUUUCUUUGGCCAGACUUGGCACUAUCACAUUACUGACUACAUUGCCUUUGCAGCUAUUGCUGGUUUUGCCCUGUCUGCUGUUUUACAUGCUCGUUUUAAUUGUCCAUUGCCAUAUUUGUAGACUUUUUCUUUUGCAUUUCUUAGUUUAAGUUGGGUCUCUGAAUUGUGUCAGAUUGGAUGCCAAAGAAGGCUAGAACUGGCCCAAGAACUCCUGUUUUCGUGAAUACGUGCUCUCUGUUACCAAAUAUUCCUCAUCCUAGAGCUUUCUGCUCAUCCUUUAUCUUGCUACACUAUCUUUGCCUUCCUUAAAAGCCAAACCUGAGGUGCUGCAUGCUGAGUUGAUGAAGAUCACUUGCCUCAGCCCAUGCCUGUGCAGGUUUGGCUGAGGAUGGGAGAGAAAAAUAAGAAAGCAAAGGUUUGUUAAGGGGUGUCCUCAAACUCUUCUAUUACUAAAAUAUAUGCUGCUUAUGCCUUCUACCAGUAUCUGUGCUUGAUCUCUGCAUUGAAUUUUUUUAUUGUUGUUGUCAUGUAGGGGAGAAAAAUUGGUGACUGGAGAAAGGAAGGGUGAUUGCCGUGAGAUUCAUAGAAAUAAUUAAAAUCAUCAGCAAAAGAGAGAGCUCUCUUUCUGCCCAUAAUAAAAUACUGAUGUCAAAUUGAUAGGUUUUUAAUUUUUUCAUUAUAUGUCUCAUCAAAUAGAGAGUUAGGGAUAAGCUAAUUAUAUUUUGACUUAUUUUGUUUUAGUUUUUCUUAUCUAGUUCAGAUAAAAAAAUAAAUUAUUAGCAGUAUAAAUAUUCAGUAUUGUUCAGUUCUCUGAGUAAAAGAGUAUGUAAUGCCUUUGGAUGGAAUCAUGCUUUAUUUUCUUAUUUAUGGCUCCUCCUAUGUUAGAGCUGGAUCCUCUUCUCCUAUCAGCUUAUAGGAUUAUUCUGAAACAAAGACCCAUAUUUCCUUGGCUAUUGGAUUGUCCAGAAGGCUAGAGGUACAUUUUUGCUGCAGUUAUCAUGUUUAUGAAGAUCUACACUGCCUUAAAGUGUUCUACAAAUUCAUUAAAGAUCAUAUUUAAAAAUCAGAGUAAAUAAAACUCAUUUAUGGGACAGCGUAGGUAUCCAUUGCAAUCUGAACUACCUGCCCAGAGUCCAGAGCAUUUCCCCUUUACUGUGUCCAGAGGUACUCUUUAAAAUCUGAAGACAAUACUUAGUGCUAGUAUAAAUUUUUUCAAAGGUUGGUGUCUCCUGCAUUUACAGCAUUUUAGUAUCUGAGCACAUAUACCUUUUGAAUAUUUUAAGUAUCGUAGGAGCCCAAAGGGUAGGUCAGUGCUCCCAUCUGUCUUGCAAGAUGCAAAGUGACAUUCUGAAUGUGACACAAAUAUCACAGCAGAGUGUACCUAGAAAUGGAGCUCAUUGCCAUGGAUUUCAGUCAAUUUUCCCUAAAAAAGUCUCUCAGUUCUUAAUUUGUCUGAUACAACCCAAUUUAGGGUGUUAAGACUGAUUAUUCAGGGGCAAACCUUGAGUGGUCCAUACAGUGUAAAAAUACAGAGUUGUUUUCUUAAACAAAAUGAUCCAUUUUCACAGAACUCCUAACUGUAAGAAGCUGUUACAAACCACUGGCUGGGGUGAUUCCCACCCCUCAACCCCCAGUGCAGGGCACUGCAUGUCAGCAACACCUGUACAGGGCCCAGCAGCUUGUGCUUCACAAAAAGCAUUUCUGCCAGAGAGGAUCCAGCCUUGAUCUGAAAAUCGGGAGAUCUAUAUUCUGCUGCCAUUUGCAGCUUGUCUGGUUGCAUCUUGCAUUAAUUCACCAAAUACCUGCCUCUGCUGACUGAGUCCCCACCACCAUCUCCCUGUGCAAGUUGUGUUGUGCAGGCGGACCACUCCUCAGAUAGACUUCAGGGCUGAUAAAAUCGGAGCUGCUGCCUCCAGGGUUUUGAAUACUGCUUUAGCUCUUUCUUGUGCAUCUCCAGGAUUUCACAAUGUAAUUUUAAAGAUCUGUAGACCAGAACUGAACUUUUAAUUCCAUUUUUGCUCACGCUGCUUUUUCUGAAAGGACGAGAUAUAUUGGAGGAGUGCAUUACCCCUCCUUGCCACACUUGCUCAAGCAGGCUCACUGCUGGAGCCUCCUGCCAGGUUCAGGCUUGUGGCACUCUGGAUGCAGGCUGUCAUUUCAGAGAUGUGGCUAGAACCUGUCAUCCAGGGUUUUUUCAGUUUUACAUUUGACAUUUUUAUAUUGUGUUAUUGUGAAACUUUCUUUUUUAUUUCUUUUCUUCCCCACCUGCCCCACUCACACCAUCCCAGCAGUGGAGGAGCAUGUUUUGGUUUGUUGUUCCUUUCAAAUGGCCCCAAGCUGGAGUGAUCUGGAUUUCUCUGUAUAAUCGUGCUGUCCUGAUUCAUAUCUCUGCCAGCCUAAGUUAUCUGCUCCAAAUUUUGAAAUGUGUAUUUCCAUCAUUGGAAUGAUGGAAAAACCAUUGGGAUUUACACUCUGAAACAUCACUCUAAAUAUUGUGAUUUGAUGCUAUUUUCCUGUUUGCAGGUACUUUGGAGACCUGACAGAUAGCCUAAGCAUUGAUCCUAUACUUUAGUGAAUGGCAUAGCUGAGUGUGUAAGUUAGGCCACUGAAGACAAAACGUAGUGGAGUUGGGUGAGAUGAAAAGGAAGUAGUUCUCUUAUGUUCAGGCAAUUUACAUGCGUGGUUUGUUCAGUUCUGUUUCUAAGUACGUAUCAAACAUGACGUUCUUUAUGUCUGAAAUAGUAGCAGAAUAACCUAGUAGUUGCUAAGGUAAUGAGAACCCACCGUUCCCUUACCAAUUCAUGUAAGUAAAGUAUGGAAUUUAAUUUCGCUCUGUGUUACCUGAGGCAGCUCUGGCAUCUGAUAAAAAAAAUGAUCUUCACAUUCUUAUCCUCUUCCUUUCUGAAUUUCAUUGAAAUACUGAGAUGUUUCUCUUUUUGUAAAUAAAUGAGGCUGCCCUGCAGAUGGUGAGGUAGAAAGUAGACUAAGAAUUACAUCUUUUGUCUUACAGCUGUUUUUACUCUCAAAGUAUAUUUGUCUUCCUGCUGAAACACUUCUAUUGCUUGUGAUAGGGACUGAAGAUUUGACUGCCAUAAGAGUUCUUCUUUCUGUUUUUCUCUUGAUGAAGAACUUACAUGUUUAUUGUCUGUUCUGGUGCUGUGGAUUGAAAGCACAGCAUGAGCAUGAAUCCUAGAUUUAUUUCUUCAUCAAAGGAAGGAAGGUUCCUUUCUGAUUGUGUAUCAAAAGCAAUAUGGUAAAAACAGAAAUUUGCAAACACAGGACACCAGUAGGUGAAUGACUGAGAUGCUUACUUGGUGAAAUGAUUUUUGACAAGGAUUGUCACUGCCUUGGGAGUGCAGGCAGCAAACAAGAAAUCUGAAGGGGCUCUGACCAGUGUGCAGCCAGGCAAUGCUGCACCCCAGGCCACCUUGACUUCAUAAUGGAAAAAGAGAAUUCGUAUUGAGCUACUCAGCAGCUGAUCAAUCACCUGAGUCCACCAGGCUGGCCUUGCAAGAUUCUAUCUCUUACCUUCAUGAAGAGCAAGAAGAAACAGCUGAGGCAUAGGAUGGAGUUAUGCUUGGAGUAAGGGGAUCUAUUGUAAGAGAAAGGCAGCUUGUUAUGCUGCAUUAUGCACCAGCAGAAUAGUAUUCCUGCUUUUUUAUGCUACAAAUUGUGAAACAAUGAAUGUCUUAACCAUGUCAAAUUGAUACCAAGUCAUGGGUCACUUGCAAAUGUAAGUUGCCACAAGUGGGCUAUUUUAGCCUAGUAACUGUUUGGAUAUCAAGGCUUUAUAUUCCAAUAGUCUGUUUGCUCAGAGAAGUGGAUCAGGGAGGUGAAGUUGGCAGCUGGCAUAAUAUAUGGACACUUGAACCUGGAAACGAAAAGACAGCUGCUGGAUCUAAUUUUAAACAUAGGUCUUGGUCAGAUCGCUCUAGAUCCUGCUUGUCCUGCUGCAGCGAAGUCGUUAAUGGUAGUAGAGAGGCGUGAAGUUGAAGAUACUGAUAAAGAACUUCUGUGAGGAAGGGAAUCACCCUUGUUCCAGUUAUGGUAUUUCCAUUUUUCACAGCUAGUUCAGAAGUACCCAAAUUGCGGAAGGAAGAUCAGAAAGCACGAAACGCACUCUUGGCUGACAUCCAGCAGGGAACUCGCUUAAGAAAAGUGACUCAAAUCAAUGACCGCAGUGCACCACAGAUUGAAAAACCCAAAGGAGCUAACAGGGAUGGAGUUAAUCCAGCUGUCAAUAAAGGUGGCUCUCAGCAGCCUCUGGGAGGUUUAUUUGCUGGUGGCUUUCCUGUUCUCAGACCAGCAGGCCAGAGGGACAUGACAGCAGGGAGGCCAGGGCAGGUUUCCGGAGUCCGAGCAGCGGCCCCCAAACACUCCGCCCCAGCGAACAGCGGCGCUGCCAAGCCGAGCAGUAACCCCUCGCACCCAGCCGAAGGUCCAAGGGCAGCUGUGCCACCAGAGCCUCCCAGCAGCUCCCGAGCCGGAGCGGGAGCCGGAGCCGGCCCCGGGCGGCCCAGCCUGCCCGCCCCCCCUCCACCGCCUCCCGCUUCCAGCAAACCUUCCCUCACUUUCCCUCCUCCUCCCCCUCUCCCUCCUCCGGCCGAUCGCCCUCCCAAGGGGGUGACGCCCGGCGCGGCUCCUCCGCCCCCGCUCCCUCCUCCCCAGGCUGACAAACUCGCCAAGUCUCCAGCAGGCGCUUCACACCCGCCCCAACCGCCCCCUCCUCCUCCUCCCCCUCCCCUGCCCCUCGUCCCCCCCUGCGGGCUGCCGGCCAGGACUGCCGAUGUCCCUGCGGCUACUGCCCCUCCAGCCGAAGGGAGGGACUGUCCCCCUCCCACGCCGCCUCCCCCCCCUCCGCCGCCGCCCCACGCCCACCCGGUCCCAGCGAACAGGCUCUCCUUUCCCCCCUCCCCAGCCUUUAGCGGUGCUGACGUGCCCCCUCCGCUGCCCCCCAAGUCUCCCCACUUGCUGUCACAGUUCCAUAAGCCAAGCAGCAUCCAGUCGCUGCCGCUCCCACCCACCCCCGGCCACCCUCAGCCCGCAGCCGGGACAGAGACCAGGAAGAAGAGACCCGGCCGAGGCGCAGGAACCGGUGCUGGGAAGCUGGUCACACCUCCACAACCACCAGCAAGAUCCCCAACAACUGAACUUACAAGCAAGUCUGGAGUCUCAGCCUGGGCUACAGCUCAUGACCCCUACCCACCACUCAAAAAUGGAAAUAUGCACAUCAUUGAUGACUUUGAAUCUAAAUUUACUUUCCAUUCUGUGGAAGAUUUUCCCCCACCUGAUGAAUUCAAGCCAUUUCAGAAAAUAUAUCCCAGCAAGAUAGCUAGAGAUCCUUCUAAAAAUCCUCCAUUAAGAACACAUGUGAGAUGAGAAGAGUCUGCUGAUGCUCUCUGGAAGAGUAUUAAAAAAGAACAUCAAAAUAAUAUAUAAAACAGAAGGGGUCCCCAUUGCAGUGAUAGUGAUUGUAUUUGAGUCACAAGUACUGCAAUGUAAACAUUUCUAUGAACUGGAAAAAUGGUGUAAAUGAUACCUUUUUAGCUGGCCUACAUACUACAGGAAUGUUAGUACAGGCUUUUAAAUUAUUGUAAAUAGGUGGAUAUUUUUUAAGCAAAGAAGCAUAAAAUUUAAGUUAUUUGUAGUGUUGAAACAAUUCUCAUUCUUAUAAUGCUGACAAUGUUAUCUCAGAAUGUUUUGCAUUACAUGCCUGUAUUCCUUUUUUCCCUUUCAUCAUAAUUUUUAAGUAUUUUGGAAAUUCUCCAGUUAUUAUUCAGACAUUUUUUCAAUGAACUGUCAAACUGCUGUACUACCUUUAGUCUGUUUUUAUGUUCCUUCGCUUCUAUUCUGCCUAUCCUCAGAUUGCAGCAGGAUGUCACUUUCAUGAAGGGACAGGUCCACAAUCCUUCUCUCAUCAAGUAUGAAGAGGAGAUGACAAGGAGCUGUGGCUGCUGUUGAGCCUGUCUCCUACUGAUUACAGAUCCUUAUAGGAUAGUGUCUGAAGAAGACCAGCCUGGGUAGGGUGGUCAUGGAUUUGACAAAGAUGACAGAACUUCUCCAAAGUAGAGGAAAAGAAAGUUGCUAUAUUGUAAGCAAAAAAAAAAAAAAAAAAAAAAGAAAAAAGAAAAAAAGAAAAAAGUGUGUGUGAAUACAUAUACCACGAUGUAUGUAUGUAAGGGCACAUGUCCUGUCUUUUCCUGCUGGCAAAGUGGAUAUUUACUGUCACAUUUCUGUGAGAGUUUGCCUUUACUCAGCAAUUACAAGGCCAUUGGAUGAGAGGUCCAAACCCCACAUUUUAAACUGGCAACUAGAACUACUGUUGUUCACCCGCAGUGAGGAUUCAUUGUCCAAAACACACCACAUGGAAGAAGCAGUCCCCAAAGUGGUUGUCUUUAAGAAAGUUGGUUGGGAAAAGUAGCAACCUAGCAGCAGACAAAACUGAACUUCUGCUUUUAAUAUUCAGCUAGGGAUAAGGUCCUUGGAUCACAGAUGUUCAGAUCUGGUCCUAAGACGUCUAUUUCUCACAAGAAUUACACUUACUCCUGUGCAUUUCCCUGCAUUAGGAGGAGUGGUGCCAGAUUGAGGGAGGUGAUCCUUCCCCUCUACUCAGCACUGGUGAGGCCGCACCUGGAGUGUUGUGUCCAGCUUCUGGGCUCCCCAGUGCAAGGGAGACAUGGCCAUACUAGUGAGAGUCCUACAAAGGUGAUGAAAGGACUGGAGCAUCUCUCCUAUGAGGAAAGGCUCAGAAAACUGGGGCCGUUCAGCCUAGAAAAGAGAAGGCUCAGGGGGGACCUCUUCAAUGUGUAUUAAUACCUGAAGGGAUGGUAUAAAGAUGGAGCCAGUCUCUUUUCAGUGAUGCCCAGUGACAGGACCAGAGGCAAUGAGCACCAGCUGCAACAGAGGCAGCUCUGGCUGAACAUCAGGAAACAUUUUUUAAUUGUGAAGGUGACUGAGCACUGGCACAGGUUGCCCAGUGACAUUGUAGAGCCUCACUCCUAAAGAUACUCAAAAACUAUCUGUACUUGGUCCUGGGCAACUGGAGCUACCUGACCUGGUAGAGCAAGGAGGCUGGACUAGAUGAACUCCAGCCAUCCCUUUCAACCUCAAACACUCUGAUUCCCCCUUUUACAGCUUUUCUGAGUUCCUACACCUGGGUCACAAUAACCCUAUGCAGUGCUACAGGCUUGGAGCAGAGUGGCUGGAAAGCUGCCUGGCACAAAAGGACCAGGGGGUGCUCAUUGAGAACUGGCUGAACAUGAGCCAGCAGUGUGUCCAGGUGCCCAAGAAGGCCAAUAGCAUCCUGACUUGAGGCUCAGGGAAGACCUUAUUGCUAUAACCUGAAAGGAGGCUGUAGUGAUGUUGGGGGUCAGUCACAUCUCUCAAGUAACAAGCCACAGGACAAGAGGAAAUGGCCUCAAGCUGUGCCAGGGAAGGUUUAGAUUAGAUAUUAGGAAAAACUUCAAAGGGUGGUCAGGCAUUGGAACAGGCUUCCCAGGGAAGUGGUGGAGUCACCACUUAAAUAUGUGGAGGUAUUUAAAAGAUGUGUAGAUGUGGCACUUGGGGACAUGGUUUAGUGGUGGACUUGGUAGUGCUGAGUGAACAGUUGAACUCGAUGAUCUCAAAUUUUUUUUCCAACCUAAAUGAUUCCAUGACUCACCAACUUGAGAAAAGACACUGCUGUUCCAGGGUGGGUCUGGUGCCAACAGCAAGGCUAUUUACAGUUAUGGCAAUAAUUUAUAUAAUUGCCACCAAUUCCCCUCAGUUACAGCUGUAAUAAUGUUAUAGAUCACAGGUGAUCUUUCCCCAUGGUGUUGCCUUUGAACAAAACUAUUUGGAAAAGACAAGUAACUGCAGCUUUAUAUAUCUCUGCUUUUCUCAGCUGUGCUGUAACUUACAGCAGCUCAGCUGUGCUGUAACUUUAUUUCCACACACAUAGGUUCAUGGUGUGAGAUGGUGUAAGAGUAAAAAGCACUUCACCUGUAGGACUAUAAGAAAGCAGCAUUAGUCUUUUUCUAGCCUAUUAUGACACCUUGCUGUACAUCAUGGGAAAAGAAAAAAAAUUGGUGAUGCUUUGACCAAUACCGUCACUGUCAUUAUUGUAGUUACUUGAUAAAUAUGCAUGAAUACAGUAAUAAGCAGGGGUCUGCAUAUACAUUGCUUCUCAGACAACUGGAAAAGUUUAAUAGUGCUUUAAAGACUAUUUUGUUAUAGUACUAUUAAAGGUGACGUUUUGUUGGUUCUCA